AUGUACAGCUUCAUGGGUGGCGGCCUCUUCUGUGCCUGGGUGGGGACCAUCCUCCUGAUGGUGGCCACAGCCACCGAUCACUGGAUGCAGUACCGGCUGUCUGGGUCCUUUGCCCACCAGGGCCUGUGGCGGUAUUGCCUGGGCAGCAAGUGCUACCUGCAGACGGAGAGCAUCGGUAAGGCUCGCAGCAGCGCCGGGCCGGGCCUGGGGUCACGGGCCCCCUCAGGAUGGGCGUCAGAGCCCCCCCGCAGGGCGGAACCUCUCCACCUGGUUUGCAAGCAGAGAACUGUGGGGCUCAGAGAGGGAAAGGGACCAGCCAAAGCUUACUGGAACGCCACCCGGGCCUUCAUGAUCCUGUCCUCCCUGUGCGCCACCUCGGGCAUCAUCAUGGGCAUCCUGGCCUUUGCUCAGCAGCCCACCCUCGCACGCCUCUCCCGGCCCUUCUCCUCGGGCAUCCUGUUUUUCGCCUCCACCUUUUUUGUCCUGUUGGCCUUGGCCAUCUACACGGGAGUCACAGUCAGCUUCCUCGGUCGCCGCUUCGGGGACUGGCGUUUUUCCUGGUCUUACAUCCUGGGCUGGGUGGCCUUGCUCAUGACCUUCUUCGCAGGGAUUUUCUACAUGUGUGCCUACCGGAUGCACGAAUGUCGGCGCCCGUCUGCUCCCCGCUGAGUCCAAUGUACCUUGACUUCAUCUGGAAGUUAAAAUAGGGCCACUGAAAAGGAGGGGGAGGGUCUAGAGACUGCAA